GCCCCAGCGACCCCUUUGGUCGGGUGUGUGGAUUGUUGGGUAGUCUGCGUUGCUAGCUUCGGCGCGGAUCCCUGGGCGUCCGUACGUCGGAGUCCUUCGUCCUUCAGGGUCCCUCGUCCUUCAGGGUCCCUGUUCUUUGCGCCAGCGAGAACCGCUAUCUCUGCACUCCUGGGGUUUUGUUACAUGGCUGCUUUCCUCAAAAUGAGUGUUAGUGUCAAUUUCUUCAGACCUUUCACCAGGUUUUUGGUGCCAUUUACCCUUCAUAGGAAGAGAAAUAACUUAUACUCAACAAUUUUGCAGAGAUACUUGUCUUCCAAAAUACCAGCUGUUACUUAUCCUAAUAAUGAGAGUACAUCCCCUUCUGAAGAGCUAGAAUUGGAUAAGUGGAAAACUACCAUGAAAUCUAGUGUGCAAGAAGAAUGUGUUUCAACAAUCUCAAGCAGUAAGGAGGAAGAUCCUCUAGCUGCCACCAGAGAGUUCAUUGAGAUGUGGAGAUUGCUUGGCAAAGAAGUACCAGAACACAUCACUGAAGAAGAGCUCAAAACCAUUAUGGAAUGUGUUUCUAACACAGCAAAAAAAAAAUAUUUAAAAUAUUUAUAUAUGAAGGAAAAACUGAAAAAAGCUAAGCAAAUAAAAAAGGAAAGGAAAGCAGCAGCAAGGGAAGAAGCAAAAAAUGUCAAGCUGCUAGAAACCGCUGAGGAAGAUAAACAGAAAAACUUUCUGUUUUUACGACUUUGGGAUAGGAAUAUAAACAUAGCAAUGGGCUGGAAGGGUGCCCAGGCCAUGCAGUUUGGACAACCUUUGGUUUUUGACAUGGCUUACGAAAAUUAUAUGAAACAAAACGAAUUGCAGAAUACUGUUUCCCAGCUUUUAGAAAGUGAAGGAUGGAACAGAAGAGAUGUUGAUCCUUUCCAUAUUUAUUUCUGCAAUCUAAAAAUAGAUAGUGCUUUUCACAGAGAGUUAGUUAAACGGUAUCAAGAAAAAUGGGACAAAUUGCUUUUAACAGCAACAGAAAAGUCUCAUGUAGAUUUAUUUCCAAAGGACAGUAUUAUCUAUUUAACUGCAGAUUCUCCCAAUGUUAUGACUACUUUCAGGCAUGACAAAAUUUAUAUAAUUGGGUCUUUUGUUGAUAAGAGUAUGCAGCCAGGCACAUCCCUAGCCAAGGCAAAACGGCUGAAGCUAGCAACUGAAUGCCUUCCAUUAGAUAAAUAUUUACAAUGGGAAGUUGGUAACAAAAAUCUCACCUUAGAUCAAAUGAUGCGUAUUUUGUUAUGUCUGAAAAACAAUGGUACUUGGGAAGAGGCUCUGCAAUUCGUUCCCAAGAGAAAACAUACCGGUUUUCUGGAGAUUUCUCAGCAUUCUCAAGAGUUGAUCAACAGACUGAAGAAGGCAAAGACUUCUAACUUAUUUUCAAAAGGUUCUCUGAAUGUGCACAGAACACGUGGCUCAAAUGAGAACAUUUGAUAGCUUAAAAAGUAAAUGGGUUGGAAAUACAGUUCUGUUAACGUAUUUCUUCCCAAACAAUUCAUUUUUCUCUUCUAAAGGUAGUCUUUCCCAACUGACUGCAGGGUUGUGUCUUUUCCCAAGUAAAUAUCUGCAGAACUUUGGGAUUAUACUUUGUUUACUGUAAAAAGAUAAAAAGAGUUGUCCAAGAUUGUUGAACAGAAUAAUCUUUAAAUUAUCCCAGUUAAAUAGUUGUACCAUUGAUUGACUUUUUUAUGGAGGUUCCUAGAGGGUGAUGCCCCGGGGUGGGCUUGGAAGCUCUGCACCUCUUCCCCCAUACCUUUCCCUGUGCAUCUCUUCGUCUGUAUGUUUUGUAAUGUCUUAUAGUAAACUGGUAAAUGUGUUUCCUUCAAUUCUGUGAGCCACUCAAGCAAAUUAAGAGAAGGAGUUGGUACCCCAACUUGAAGCCAGUCAGUCAGAAGUUCUGUAGGCCCAGAUUUGCAGCUUGUGCCUGGUGGGAGGAGGGAGCAGUUUUGGGGACCGGGCCCUCAACCUGUGGGCUCUGACACUAUCUCCAGGUAGAUAGCGUCUGAAUUGAAUUACAGAACACCUAGCUGGUGUCUGCUGCAGAAUUGAUUGCUUGCGUGUUGAUGAGAAAUUCCCCCACAUUUGGUCACAGAGGUCUUCUGUCUGUGUUGCUUGUUGAGUGAGAAAAUAGGAAAAAGGACUUUGUGGGGGUUUUUCCAUACAACUAUGAAAAACGGGUUCACAGGGAUAAAACUAAUUUCUUGUCCUCUUACGGAAAAAGGAAUUUAUGUCUGGUGCAUUGGCUCCUAUAAUCCCAGCACUUUGGGAGGCCAAGGCAGGCUGAUCACUUGAGCCCAGGAGUUUGAUACCAACAUGGGCUGCAUGGUGAAACCUCAUCUCUAAAAAAAAUACAAAAAUUAGCCUAGGUGUGGUGGUGUGUGCAUGUAGUCCCUGCUAAUUGGGAGGCUAAGGUGGGAGGAUCACUGGAGCCUGGGAGGUGGAGGUUGCAAGUGAGCCAACAUUGUGCUGCUGUGCUAUAGCCUGGGCAACAGAGUGAGACCCUGUCUGAGAAAUUAAAAAUAAAAUUUUUGAAAACAUAGGAAAUAGGAAUGCUAUAGGCAACUAUUCCUAAUUUCUGAAUUGGAAAUUGGCAUAAACGUCCAAUGCAUUUCUUUUGUUUCUCUUACUUUUUUUGUGAUGGAGUCUCCCCUUGUAACCCAGGCUGGAGUGCAGUGGUGUGAUCAUGGCUCACUGCAGCCACAAUCUCCUGGGCUCAAGCAAGCCUCCUGCCUCAGUUUCCCAAGUAGCUGGAAUUUUAGAACCCUGAAUGAUGCCCUGUUGCAGGGUUGCAUUUGCUAGAAGGAAGAGACGCCAUUUCUUCAUACAAAGACUGUCCGCCUUUAGGCCAUGUGCUUAAAAGAUUGCAUCCACUAAGGAGGUAUUCCUUUCCUAAUUUGCCCAAAGACAGACAAGGUGACAUCACAGACUUGAAGUGAGAGUAAGCUAUGAAGAUAUGAGGGAAGGGAAUUCCAAGCAAAAGGAACAAGUGUCAAAGCCCUUGAGAGAGAGGGUUCAAGGCCCAAUAAGGAGGCUGGUGCGCCUGAAGCAAAAUGAGUAAAAAGACCUGAGGAUCAGGUCAGAGGAGUAGCUAGGUCUGUCAAGUAAGGCAUCUUAAGCCACCAUAAAAACUUUGGUUUUUACCAGAAGAUCAGAUGGUCUUGAGCUAAAAAGUGACAUCCGACUGAUGUUUUAAUAGGAAAACUGGAAUAUUAGCUCUGUGAAGGCAGGAUUUUUUUUUUCUGUCUUAUUCACUGCUAUAUCCCUAGAGCCCAGUAUAGUGCCUGCUGCUUAAACAUCUGAAGAAUAAAUGAAUCUGACUCAUUCUCCACCCCCCA